AUGCCUCAUUUUUUCGUGGACCACAACAGCCGGGCAACAACCUUCAUUGACCCCAGGAUCCCCCUUACAGAACGGCCGUCUGCCCAACCACCUAACCCACAGGCAGCACCUGCAGAGACUACGCAGCUACAGUGCAGAGAGGCAUCUGAUGUGUCCCGGAGUCGAGUAGCUUCCCUGAUUCACAGACCUGGGAACAGCCUGGUGGCCACCAUACGCAGCCAGUACCACCCCGACUCCACACUGUUAGGUGCACCAUCUUACAAUGACAAGAUAGUGGCGUUCCUUCGCCAGCCAAACAUCUUUGAGAUGCUUCAAGAGCGCCAGCCGAGCCUGGCCAGGAACCAUGUACUAAGGGAGAAGAUCCACUACAUCAAGACGGAAGGUUCACAGGGGGUGGAGAAGCUGUCUUGUGAUGCUGACCUGGUCAUUCUGCUGAGUUUGUUUGAGGAGGAAAUCAUGUCCUAUGUUCCACCCCACUCCUUCCACCCGGGGUACAGCUUCUCGCGUUGCUCACCCGGAUCCUCGCUACAAAACUCCCCAGGCUUACAGAGGGCCCGAGCCCCGGCUCCAUACCGCAGAGACUUUGAAGCCAAACUGCGCAACUUCUACAGGAAGCUGGAAGCUAAGGGCUAUGGCCAGGGGCCAGGGAAGAUCAAACUGAUCAUCAGAAGAGACCACCUGUUGGAGGGCACCUUCAAUCAGGUGAUGGCCUACUCCCGCAAGGAGCUGCAGAGGAACAAGCUCUACAUCACCUUCUUGGGAGAGGAGGGGCUGGACUACAGCGGCCCCUCCAGGGAGUUCUUCUUCCUGUUGUCCCAAGAGCUAUUCAACCCUUACUACGGCCUGUUUGAGUACUCAGCCAAUGACACCUACACCGUCCAGAUCAGCCCCAUGUCUGCCUUCGUUGAGAACCAUCUGGAAUGGUUCCGCUUCAGUGGGCGUAUUCUAGGCCUGGCCCUGAUCCACCAGUAUCUACUGGAUGCCUUCUUCACACGGCCCUUCUACAAGGCCCUCCUCAGACUAGCCACAGACCUGAGUGAUCUGGAGUAUCUGGAUGAGGAGUUCCAUCAGAGUCUCCAGUGGAUGAAGGAAAAUGACAUCACUGACAUCCUGGACCUCACCUUCACCGUCAAUGAGGAGGUCUUUGGCCAGGUGACGGAGCGGGAGCUGAAGUCGGGCGGCUCCAACCUUCAGGUGACGGAGAAGAACAAGAAGGAGUACAUUGAGCGCAUGGCCAAGUGGAGGGUGGAGCGUGGGGUGGUGCAGCAGACUGAGGCCCUGGUCCGAGGCUUCUAUGAGGUGGUAGACUCUCGUCUGGUGUCGGUGUUUGACGCCAGAGAGCUGGAGCUGGUCAUCGCAGGGACGGCUGAGAUCGACCUCAACGACUGGAGGACCAACACAGAGUACAGAGGAGGUUACCAUGACGGCCACAUAGUGAUGCGGUGGUUCUGGGGUGCGGUGGAACGCUUCAACAACGAGCAAAGGCUGCGGCUGCUGCAGUUUGUGACAGGCACCUCCAGCGUUCCAUACGAAGGCUUCGCUGCCCUACGGGGAAGCAACGGCCUACGACGCUUCUGCAUCGAGAAGUGGGGCAAGGUCACCUCUCUACCAAGGGCUCACACGUGCUUCAACCGCCUGGACCUUCCCCCGUACCCCUCCUACACCAUGCUGUAUGAGAAACUGCUGAUCGCUGUGGAGGAGACCAGUACCUUUGGCCUGGAGUGAGACUGACCACUAGCACUGACCACUGACUGACUGCCUCUGGCACCCUACUAACAAACUAUUUUCUUUUUACGUACAAAUAUUAACUCUGGACAAAUGGUAUUAUCUGUUGUUGUUUUCUUACAAUACGUACCAGAGGAGUGGGUUUGAAAAAGAGGGAUCAAACUUAUUAAAACUUGCAUGCACUACAUCACUCAUCUGGGACAUUGUGAAUAAAUAUACUGUGUGGAGAGG